AUCGUAGUAAUCUUUUCGUUGGCAGUUUCGGUAGUCAGAUUUUGUUUCUACCAUUUUCGGAACUUACCCCAAAAAUGUGUUCUAAGAGUGAUAGAGCUAUCUCCGUGUUUUUGGGUGGAUGGAACCUGGUCCUCGGCCCGACUUGCCUACUCAUUUCCAUCAUCUGCAUAAGCAAACGCCAAUCGCCGAAAGGACUUAGCAUCCACGAUCCCGACAUAGCCUGGUUCUUGUAUUGUUGUGUCCUGUUUGUUGCCUCGAUCCUGCACAUACUGAGUGGGAUAUUGAUCCUGUUUGGCAUAUCGAGGAUGAACAGCAACAUGCUCUUGGUGGGCCUUAUUCUGAGCAUUUUUUGUCCCUUUGCGCUGCUCUUCACUAUCGUUAUACCAGUUUUGCAGUGUUUUUGCCUGAUCAGGGGGAUUAGAUACUACAAAUCCAACUGGGAGUCUAGCGACAGCUAGAUCAUGGAACACUUGAUGGAAAUUCAAACCCUAAACCCCAAAUUAUCUGUGUGAUUGAAGAAGGACAAGUCAUCUCUCCCGAUCUUAGUAUACGUUUAGAAACAAUUAACAGUCUCACAAAAUUGAUCAAAAUGUGUUUUGUGACAAGUGGAAAGUAAUAUCGAUAUUUUUUGGAGCAUGGAACUUUAGGAUUUUAGUCUAUUCGGCAAUGCAGGUGAUUGAACUGACGAAGGGUGGACAUAUCUCUGGUAUAGACAUCUUCUGAUGAAAAAUCCAAAAAGGAAAUCUGUUUCCUAAUUUGUGUCUUGUGUCUCCAAAUAUAUUUUGUAUAAACUCCUCUAUUGAGGGGUAGUAGAAA